AUGACGGCCAUGCUCGAGGUGUCCCUGGCCUGGCUCUUCAAGAACGCCAAGGGCCGAGACGCCAAGGCCUUCUACACGCGGCCGGCCCUUGCCGGCUUCGCGGAACAGACCAUCACCGUCACGUCGCCGGACUGCGGAGCGACGAACGCGACACUCGCGGUUGACUACACCGCCGACGGUGCCGGGAAGUUUCCCGCGCUGCAAUGGGCUGCGCCGCCCGAACUCGAGGGAAGGGUUCGGGAGUGGUUGCUCGUGAGCGAGGACCCCGAUGCGCCGCUGCCGACACCUAUCUGUCACGGCAUCUACACCGGCAUCCCCCCCACCAAGACCAGCGUCGAGGCGGCGGACUUUGAGGUCGCCGACAAGGCCAAGGCCCUGUUGAAGGGCGGCUUCCACUACGGCAAGAACAUCAGGGGCUCCGUCUACGGUCUCCCGCGCCCUCUCAUGAACCACGGCCCGCAUCGGUACUUCUACAUGGUGGUGGCGCUGGAGGAGCCCCUGGACCCGAAGCUGCUGGCGCCGACGGCGACCAGGGAGCAGAUUGCGGAUGCUAUUGUUGGGAAGGUCUUGGGCUGGGGUAUCAAGCUGGAUGAACUCGUCCAAGAGAUCCAAUCCAUAAAGCAGUCGGUUGGAUCGGUUUCGUUGCCUCCUCAGGGCACCACGCAACAGCACGAUGGUGCUACCUGCCCGCUCCAGGGGCCUGCUGUGCCACGGCUAGGCCUGCCAUCUCCAAGUUCUGGCCCGUCCGACUCAACAAGUAGAUACAGUGGCCCUGAAGCUGCGAACGGUGUAGUCGUCGACCCAUCUCAGAUCUUGCAUACACCUGCAGUCACCCUACCCCAAGAACCAGGAAUCAAGCCGAGCCUGUCCAGGGCCUUGGGGUCCCAUCCCUUUUCUGGCGAAGACAUCGACUACUACUUCCAAAAGUACUUCGAAUGCUACCAUCCAUAUAUGCCCAUCGUACGGGAAAGAGACCCUAACAAGUGUUAUGAGUCUGGACCACUCUUGUUCUGGUCGAUUCUCUUCAUCGCUUCGCGCCGUUAUGCUAGAGAUGGCACGGCGUUGCCUUUUUUGUUAGACUCGGUCAGACGCGAGAUGUUUACGGCUAUAACUAUCCUCCCCUUGUCACUGUCCUCUAUCAACGCGCUCAUCCUGGUCUGCUCAUGGAUAUUUCCGGACGUGCGGUUCGUUAACGACCCAACGGCCCUGUUCUCGAGUGUCACUGGGAAUGCGUCUAUGCUGUUAGGGAUUCACACGGGAAAAGGCGCGCACCCUGAGUUCAGCCAUGGUGCUUUUCAGAACAGCUUCACCGACGAAGAGGCCGCCUUGACAUGGACGGGGUACAAUAUAAUCGCCCAAAGAGUAUCUUCAUACCUGGGACUCCCCCCUCUGGGGAGCCUGUUCAACCAGGCUGUCCAGAACGUCAUUGAUGGUCGCGUACCUUUUCAUGUUCCCCCGGGAUUCCGGGUCCUCCUGGAGUGCCAGAAGUUUUGCAAUCGAGUUAGCAAGACAAUGGUAGCCUACCUAGAAGAGUCGCGGGGAGUGUCCGCGCAUGUAGUGCAACUACUCGAAGACGAAUGGGACGCUGUCAAGGGGCUCGUCUGUUCUGAGCGAGCAGACGACCUGGACCGAUUCAACGCUCUGCUAGCGCAAUUCGAAAUCCAGGUCUACUACAUGCUCCCUCUGCCUGGCUACAACCCAGAGAAUCUGAAGCGCUACAUUCUGCGGACAUACACCACAGCUCAAAGCGUGCUGCGGGACGCCCUCCAGCUGGAACGCAAGAUGAAGUUCAUACACCACAUUCCGCAUUUCCACUUCCGGGCUCUCCUUCUGGCCAGCAGCGUCGUGCAUAAGUUGCUGCGAUCCUCGUACAUGGAAUUCGUCGGCUGCAAGGCGGCAGAGCAGUCUGCAUCGGACGCGAUCGCGGUCUGCAAGCUUGCAUCCGUCAUGGAAGGCGAUCUCCCGGCCCGUUUACAUAAACUAAUAGAGUCCUUUUCGGACGGGACACGGAAGUUGCAGGGCCCUCAAUCGCGCGAAGAGCCUAUAUCCAUGUUCUCGCACCGCCUCAGCGCCAGCGCUGCCCUCGACUGGCUCAUGCGUUGGAAGCACGACCAUGUCGCCAGCGGCGCCAAGUGUCCCGCGCAGCAGCAGCAGAACCAGCAGGACUCUGUCGCCCACGCUGCUGGUGCUGGUGCUGGUGCUGCUGCUUGUGCUGAGAGAGUAGACACGCCCGCGCUUCUGGCGGGCGAGCCGAUGCAGAAUAUCGACUGGAGUUUCAUGGACGACUUUGAUUGGAACCUCGAGCCUGGGGUCCUCUGGAAUGGGACCCCGCGGUAG